GUCUACCCAUAACUAACCAAAGACAGCUAGACCAUAAGCAAACAGAUGAGCAGCCCUACUUAGCUGAACUAAGUGAUAGGAAGCUAUGUAGCAAGGUAUACCCACAUCCGGCCAAUGAUGACCAAAUUUCAAGGAGUGAGAAUUCAUCUGAAAAAUCUGAGUCUGAAGCAACCAUUUGCACAGAGGAGUUAGAUUCUGAUUCGUCAAGUGAUUCUUCCAGCUUGAAUGAUUCAUCAGAAAACUCCAACCUGA